CACGUGAUCUCCAACAUGGCGACUUAAACGACGGCAUAUUACUGCGGACUAAAAAGAUGUAAGUGUUCGUUUAGGAGUAACUUUGAAACGGAUUAAGUUAUCUGGAUUCACAUCUGCCUCUACGGAAUUUUGGAAUUUUUCCAGAUUCCAGGAGGUUUUUCUGGUAUUUUCUGUGUCAGAUCAUGAAGCUGCGCGUCCAGCUUCAGUGUAAAAACCUGCACGAGUACCUGAGGGAGCUGAGUCCUGAGAUCCUGGACAGACUUUACAACCACCCGGCGACAUGUCUGGCUGUCUACAGGGAACUCCCCUCACUGGCCAAGAACUACGUGAUGCGCAUGCUGUUCCUGGAUCAGCCUCUUCCUCAGGCAGCUGUGGCUCUGUGGGUCAGAAAAGACAGCCAGAGGAAUCAUGAUGAGUGUGUGUCGGUGUUGGUGGGUCUCCGUCUGUGGCACAGCCAGCAGCUGCAGGGGGGUCUGCAGGGAUACAGCUUAAACCCCGUGUUCAAAGACAAUCUGAGGACGGCUCUGCUGGGAGGGGGGACAGCGUGGGCUGACGAGGGCAGCACUCUGGGUCCUGACCGUCAUGCUCGGGACAUAGAGAGUCUGGACCGCUACGCCAUGGAGCGCUGGGAGGUCAUCCUCCAGUUCAUGGUGGGCUCUCCCAGUGCAGUCAGUCAGGACCUGGCUCAGUUGUUGGUUCAGGCCGGCCUGAUGAAAAGUGAGGCAGGAGAGGCUCCGUACAUCACCUCAGCUGGUUUCCAGUUCCUCCUACUGGACACAGCCUCCCAGCUCUGGUACUUCACCCUGCAGUACCUGAAAACCGCUCAGUCCAGAGGGAUGGACCUGGUGGAGAUCUUGUCCUUCUUGUUCCAGCUCAGUUUCUCUACACUCGGCAGGGAUUACUCAGUGGAAGGCAUGAGCGAGUCACUGCUGACCUUCCUGCAGCACCUGAGGGAGUUUGGACUGGUGUUUCAGAGAAAGAGGAAGUCACGGCGGUACUACCCGACCAGACUGGCCAUCACCCUGGCUGCUGGUGUCACCACCUGCUCCUCCUCCUCCAACCUGACCUCCACACCUGGAUCUGCAGAUGCAGGAUUCAUUGUUGUAGAAACCAAUUAUCGAAUCUACGCCUACACAAAUUCAGAGCUUCAGAUCGCUCUGGUGGCGCUCUUCAGUGAAAUGUUGUAUCGAUUCCCCAACGUGGUGGUGGCUCAGCUGACACGAGAGUCUGUUCAACAGGCCAUUGCCAACGGCAUCACUGCACAGCAGAUCAUCCACUUUCUGAGGACCAGAGCUCACCCUGUCAUGCUCACACAGAAUCCAGUUUUACCUCCAACCAUCACAGAUCAGAUCAGACUGUGGGAGCUGGAACGAGACAGACUGCAAUUCACGGAGGGAGUCCUCUACAACCAGUUCCUGUCCCAGGCAGACUUUGAGGUUCUGCGAGACCGAGCUCAGGGUUUGGGCUGCCUGGUGUGGCAGGAUGUGGCUCACAGGGUGAUGGUGGUGACGCCACAAGGACACAGCGAGGUCAAGAGGUUCUGGAAACGACAGAGGUCGCACACGUAACCAGAGGAAGACAGACGAAGACGGAACUUCCUGCUGAGUUUUCCAUGUCCAGUGCUCUCAGAACAUUUUCUGCUUUUUAUAGAAAAUAUUAAAUUAGUUUUGGAUUAAG